UUUUGUGAAUCCUCUCAAAAUGGAAGAAGCUUAAACACGACUUUAGAAGAUUGGACUUGAUGAAACAACAAUCAAGAACACUAUCAAAGGAAAAAAUGCAUUGAAAUCAAUUCUUUAGACUCUUGAUUUGAUUGGGGUUUAGGAAUGUGAUAAGAAAGUAUUAUAAUUCUUUCACUUAGAUUGGAAAUUUAUUAUAUGAGAUGUCCUAAAAUCUAACAGAGGCCCUUGACAAUAGAAGAGCUCUUUUGGCUAAAUAUAUAGUUGAAGGAAAGAUUACCAACAAAUUGCAGUUGGAAGGUGCUCUAGAAUACUUAAGAACACACACUCAUUUGGAAUAAAUUCCUGCCGAAGACUUUGAUAAGGCAGCUGGUGUAGGGAUAGUUGUGACUCCAGAAUAAAUAAAAAACACAGUGGCUGAAUUCCUUAAGACUAAGUAGGACUUGAAGACUAUCCGAUAUACUUAUAAUUUCUCUGAAUACACAAAAUAAGUAAGAUCACUCCUACCCUUUGCCGAAGGAAAGUUAUUGACCUAAGAACUCAAUCAAUAAAUAGAAGCUAUACUUGGACCUAAGACCGAGGAAGAUUUAAAGGCAGCCAAAACACAAGUCAAGAAACCACAAUAAUAACAAUAAUAAUAAUAACAAGUUUAACAGUAAGCAGAGGAGGAAGAUGAUUGCAAAUUUGAUAUCUCAAAGUUAGUCGCAAGAGAUCUUGCCACCACUGUUAACAGUGAAUAAUUAUUGAAUUGGAGAAAGUAGAAUUUCCCUUACGAAGUCUUAACACGAUUCCCCCCAGAACCAAAUGGUUACUUGCACAUUGGUCAUGCCAAAUCAAUCAAUUUCAACUUUAGGUUGGCUUAACACUACAAAGGAGUCACUUAUCUGAGAUUUGAUGAUACCAAUCCAGAAAAGGAAUGCCAAGAAUUUAUUGACAACAUCAAGGAAAACUUAAGAUUCCUUGGAUACACUCCUUUUAAGACCACUCACGCAUCAGACAACUUCGGUAAACUCUAUGAUUAUGCUGUCUAAUUGAUUCAAAAAGGAAAGGCCUAUUGUUGUUUCUUAACCAAAGAAGAAGUAUUAUUUAUAUUCUAUUAUCUCUUUAGUCAUCCAAAUUAAGAAGUGAUCUAAAACCUUCCCCAUACAGAGACACCCAACCAGCUGAAAAUCUGGAAAUCUUCAGAAAAAUGAAAAUGGGUUACUACAAAGAGAAUGAGGUUUGUUUGAGAGCCAAGAUUGAUCCAACUCAUCCUAAUCCCACUCUUAGAGACCCAGCCAUUUUCAGAAUCAGAUUCACUCCUCAUCCUCAUCAAGGGGAGAAAUGGUGCAUCUACCCUCUCUAUGACUUCACUCAUUGCAUUUGCGAUUCAAUUGAAGGUAUCACCCAUUCCUGCUGCACACUUGAAUUCGAAGUCAGAAGAGACCUCUAUUAUUGGUUCUUGAAAGAAUUAGAUCUUUACAGACCUUUCGUUUGGGAAUUCUCCAGAUUGAAUGUCUCCAACACAGUGUUGAGCAAGAGAAAACUUCAUCAUUUAGUCUUUAACAACAUUGUUGAUGGUUGGGAUGAUCCUAGAAUCUUGACACUCAACGGUCUCAGAAGAAGAGGAUACACUGCUGAUUCCAUCAACAAAUUCUGCGAUCUAAUCAGUGUUACUAGAAAAGGUAAUGAAAAUAUCAUCGGCAUGCAUGUCCUUGAGAGUUGCAUCAGAAAAGACUUAGACAUCAAGGCUCCAAGAACCAUGGCUAUCUUAGAACCAAUCGUAGCUAUUAUUGACAACGUUGCAGAAGACUUCUCAGAAGAAUUAGAGGUCGCCAUCAUCCCAAGAAAUCCAUAAAAGGGUAACAGAAAGAUCCUUUUGACUAAAUAAAUCUAUUUGGAUAAGAACGAUGUCAGGUAUACUUAUUUCAUUAUCUCCUUCUAAGAACUGAAGACCAUCCUGAUUUCUGGGGUGUUGCUCCUGGCAAGAUCAUUGGACUCAAACAAUGUGGUCCUUUCAAAGUUCUCAGUGUCACUGCCAAUGAAGUCCACCUAGAACGACUAGGAAAGGAUGUCAAACCUAAGGGAUUUUUACAUUGGUUGUCUGUUAAAGAGGCCACUCCUUGCGUUGCUAGAUUGUAUGAUUACUUAUUUGAAGCCUACGACCCUAAUGAAUUAGAUGACUACAUUAAGGGAAUCAAUCCAAACUCAAAGAUAGUUUGCUCUAAUGCUUUGAUGCACAAGUAAAUUUAUUUAUUUAAUUAUUUAGGGAUCUCUUGAAUUCCAAACCAGAAGACAAGGUCUAAUUUGAAAGAUUGGGCUAUUUCAACUUGGACUUCGAUUCAAAGGACGGAAAAUUCAUUUGGAAUAGAACUGUUACUCUUUAGGAGAAGGACAAGAUCAAGGCCAUUGCUUAAGUUGAUGGCAAGUAAGUUUAGAAAAAGGAUGUUCCUUAAUAAAAAAAGGAUGCCCCCAAAAAGGAAGCCAAGAAGGAAUGAUAAAAUAUACACAUACAAAUAAAAAUUUGUUUAAUUAAUUUAAAUCUAGC